ACUCCAGGGAUAUAAAGGCCCGAAGCGCCUAGAUCGUCACCACUCACCAUCCUCCACCCAAUCCAAGACCCAGCUGCAAACUUGCGAUCCUCCCAUUCCCAUCUGGCCCCCUCCAAGAACCACGAUCGCAUUAAAAAAAAAAUGCUGAACUCGACUGUGGAGCUGAUCGCCCUCUGGGCGUCGUCCAGCCCGUCGCUCCUGGCAUUCUGCUUCUCCCACCUCAUCAUCGCCGUCCUCCUCCUCGGCGGCCGCGGCUGCGCGUCAGGACUGGAUGCUGACGGCCGUGGAGACUGGAAUUCGGAAGCUGCCCGGGCUGAACCCCUGCAUGGUGUCCAAGUACAAGGGGGUAGAAAGAGCGAUGGAGGACAAGAGGAUGCAGCCGCCGCCAUGGACGUGGCCAACAGCCGCGGCCGCGGCGGCGAGGUCGACGCGGCUGCUGUCCAGUUGGGGGCUAUCGAAAAGAAGAGCGGAGCUGAGGGGGAGUCCAUCGUCGCUGCUGGCGCGUCGCAGGAGAGACGCGCCGGCGAUGCGGAGGAGGAUGAGCUCAUGGAGCGGGCCGAGGAGUUCAUCCAGAGGAUGAACCGAGCCUGGAGGACGGAGAACGUGAGCCUCUGCUGACGCGCUGCUGCUGUCUCUUGGCCUCUUGGGUGUUGCAGGUGCUCUGCCUGUGCGUUCUGAUUCAGAACGGGGAGGAAAGGCAGAGGAAAUUAUCGAACUUUUGACUUGCCCUGCUAUCUGCGGACGAAUUUUGAUGUCACUAAUUUCGGGAACCUUUUCUCUAACCUACGGAGUAUAACAUAAGAUGGAGUUUGAAAAUUGGCUCGUGUAGUAAACUGUAAACAAGCAGUGUAACAUAAGAUGGUAGCAUUACAAUUCCUCCUCAAUCAGUCGCGGUCAGGAGUAAGCUCACGCAGCUAGCAACAAUCCAAAGACAGCGAUGAAACGAAUCGCCCAGUGAACUCCGACCAGAAUAAACUCUCAGAAAACAUCCCAACAACAAGAAGAAAAACAUGACGUGGCUAAUGAACUUACCACACCGUCACACGUACAUAGGGUCUUCGCAACAGCACGUCGCCUAGCAAUCUACACGUGCUACGGCGCUUACCAUGGAGGCAUGGAGCUCCUUCUUGCCUACGCAACAUGCGCCAUCCUCGUCGUCUCCUCCCUGCGCCUCUUCGCCGGCGCCUGCAGCAACCUGCCCCCACCUCCUGGACCUCGACGCCCACCCGUACCGCUCCCUCGCGCGCCACAAUUCGCCCAUGGCGCUCCGCCUGGGCACGGUCACCACGCUCGUCACCUCCUUCGCGGACGCCGCCUGCUACGUUCUGCAGCUCCACGACGCCGCCCUCUCGGUGCGCUCCGUCCUGGACGCCGCCCGCGCGCGCGUGCACGGCGAUCACUCCGUGGGCUGGCUCGCCCUGCGCAAGGUGUGCUCCGCGGAGCUCUUGGCGUCGCGCCGCCUCGAUCGCCGCGACAAGGUGCGGCAGCUCGGGUCCCACGUGGCCCGCAGCCCGCUUGGCGCGCGAGGACACAGACGUCGCCUUCGGCCACGCGGCCUUCACGACCGUGCUGAACCUGCUCUCCUGCGCCAUCUUCUCUUCCGACCAUGAUCAGGGUAGCCGCC